AGUGGAUAUACACGUAUGUAUAAUUGAUUCACUUUGCUGUACACCUGAUACUAAUGCAACAUUGUAAAUCAACUAUAUUCCAAUCAAAAUAAAAGUUUGGUAGAUGGAUUUCACAUAGCUGUCCCCAUCUCAUGGAUAUAAAUAUAUUUUAUUACAUGGUCUGUAUGUUUUCUCAUUGGAUUGAAGCCCUCCCUUGCAGACAGGCCACUGCUUCUUCUGUGGCUACAAUUUUGAUAGAAAAGAUUAUCCCUACCUGGGGAACCCCUCUUGAACUUCACAGUGAUCAAGGAACCCAUUUUACUGGUCAGGUGCUUUGACAAGUUUGUGCUCUUUAACUGGUUUUACAACAUUUUCACUGUGCUUUCUAUCCUCAAUCCUCAGAGUUAGUGGAACGUUCUAAUGGCAAUAUUAAGACCUAGUGGGCAAAAUUCAUAGAGACCCCCCCCCAAAAAAGCAUUGCCAUCGGUCCUUCUAAAUCUCAGACCCACCCCUUUCAGAACUCAAACUCUCACCCUUUGAGGUAGUCACAGGACACCCAAUGUUCCUUGCCCCACCCACUUUUGACCCACAGCUGAUGAAAGGAGAUAUAUUUCAAUAUUGUAAAGGCCUGAUUGCUUCUAUUAAAAAUAACAAUGCUUGGUAGAGCAGUCUUCUUCAUAGUGUGCUCUUGGGAGACGAAGACCUUAAGCAUCACACCUUUCAACCUGGAGAUUUCAUGUACUGGAAAAGACACCUCGAGAAGGACUCUCUUCAACCUCACUGGAAAGGCCCCAUCAGGUACUGCUAACCUACCCUUGUGCCUCCAAACUUCAGAGAACAGACUCUUGGAUUCAUGUGACACAUCUAAGAAAGCACCAGACCCUAACUGGACCUGCACACCAUCUGGUGACCUGAAGGCCUGUGCAUGCUUCUCACCCCACCACGGCCAUGGCCCUGGUCAGCAUCAACCAGCUGCCCGAGAGCAUCCUGCUGGAGGUGUUCAUGCACCUGCCCGCUCGCCAGCUGCUGCUGAACUGCCGCCCUGUCUGCAGCCUCUGGCGCGACCUCAUCGACCUUGUGACCCUCUGGAAGCGCAAAUGCCUGCAUGAGGGCUACGUCACUGAGGACUGGGACCAGUCCGUGGCUGACUGGAAGGUCUUCUACUUUCUGUGCAGCCUCCGCAGGAACCUCCUGCGCAACCCGUGUGCCGAAGAGGAUAUGAGAUCCUGGAAAAUCGACUCCAACGGAGGGGACCAGUGGAAGGUGGAGAGCCUCCCCGGGGCGCAUGGCACAGACUUCCCUGACCCCAAAGUCAAGAAGUACUUUGCCACGUCCUAUGAGAUGUGUCUCAAGUCGCAGCUGAUAGACCUCAAAGCCGAGGGCUACUGGGAGGAGCUACUGGACAAGUUCCGGCCGGACAUCGUGGUUAAGGACUGGUUCGCCGCCAGAGCGGACUGUGGCUGCACCUACCACAUCCGAGUACAGCUGGCCUCGGCCGACUACAUCGUCCUGGCCUCCUUCGAACCCCCGCCCGUGACCGUCCAUCAGUGGAACGAUGCCGGGUGGACAGAGGUCUCCCACACCUUCUCGGAUUACCCUCCAGGUGUCCGCCACAUCCUCUUCCAGCACGGGGGCAAGGACACCCAGUUCUGGGCAGGCUGGUACGGUCCCCGCGUCACCAACAGCAGCAUCGUCAUCAGCCACAGGGUGACCAGGAGCCCGGCCCCCUCCGUGGCUCCGCGCUAGACCAUGCAGGGGCCAGAGGAGGUGGCCCACCUGCCCUCCCCCCUCCCCCUCCACAGGCCCUCCUGACAGCCUGUCCUCUGACAGCCAUUCGUCCGUCCUCCGUCUGGGCCAGCUGAUUGCCAAAGGUCCCCUCCAGGCAAGGCAGCGAGGCCCUCUGCCCCAGUUCCCACCUGGGGCAAACCCACCAGUCUGUGAACUUAAUUGUCACGUAGCUCUGACAUUUUGUUGUAAUAAAUGUUUUCAGUAAAA